CUGGGCCAGCCAGGUCCAAGGUGUUGACUGCAGUGGUUAGGUCGUUAGCCACCCCUGAUAUGGGACAAUGUAAAUUGAAAUUGACAUUUGUCCAUGUUCCCUGUUUUUCCUGGUUUAUCCAGGAGUGUUCACACCAAGAAAAUGUUCACAGGGAGUUUGUUGCUUUACUUCCAUUUGUGUUAUUCGCUGUUUUGAAGCCUUGCUUAUUGUGAACACUUUUAAUAGUAAAUCCACACUAAAUCACAUAUAGUUAAAACGUUCUGCUUCACUGUUCAGGAGACCUGAGUGCAAAACUGCAUGUGGUAAUUGCAGUCCAAGCAGUACCAUCCUCAGCAAUCUCCAGGCUGUAGCCUCCAGUUGAUGACGGCUCCAUCCAGAAGUAGGGCAUCAGGAUGGAUCGGGCACGUCCGGAGAGCAGAAAGGGUCAGGAUCACUGGCAUCGCCAUAAAAUCAGGUGUGGCUCGAGAGAAGGAGAAAGGGAGGUAAAAAGAGGGAGCGAUUAUUAGGUAUGCUUACUAUCUUCUGAUUGAUAAGACUGUGUACUUUACUUUGUUUUCAGCCUAAACUUAAACACCGAUACUGUGUCUGAGUCCCGAACACUAAUUGGAAGGCUGUUCCAUAACUGUGGGGCUUUGUAAGAGAACGCUCUUCCCCCUGCUGUAGCCUUCACUGUUAUAGGUACCAACAAAUAGCCUGCACCUUUUGAUCGAAGUAGACGUGGCGGAUCAUAGAAGACCAAAAGUUCACUUCGCUGCUGUGGAGCAACACCGUUCAGUGCUUUAUAGGUCAAUAGUAGUAUUUUAUAAUCAAUGUGAAAUUUUGCUGGGAGCGAAUACAUUGUGGAUAAGAUAGAUGUGAUGUGGUCAUACUUUGGGGUUCUAGUAAGGACUCUUGCAGUUGCAUUCUUGACUAACUGAAGCUUGUUUAUGCUACUACUGGAACAUCCAGACAGUAAGGCAUUACAAUAAUCCAACCUAGAGGUGAUGAAAGCAUGAACUAAUAUUUCUGCAUCAUGUAGUGACAUUAUAGUUCUUAUCUUAACAAUAUUUCUGACAUGAAAUAAGGCUAUCAUAGUAAUACUGUCUACAUGAGUAUCAAAUGAAAGACUGGAGUCAAUCAUCACACCAAGGUCUUUUACUGCGGCACAUGGUGAAAUAGGUAGGCCAUUCAGAGUCACUGUGUAAUCAGAGAGCUUACUUGUGGUCCUAGUAAAAGUACUUCUUUCUUCUCAGAAUUAAGUGAAAGGAAGUUAAUAAGCAUCCAAUGUCUAAUGUCCUUUAUUAUUCCUCAACUGUGGCUCUGUUAGAGUAUGUUCUGAUGUAAUUUGCUAUGUUUGACAUUAGGAGUGUCAUAAAACACGUCACAAUGGCAUUGUAUAUGUGACUGUGAGCAGCAGGGGCUUUGCAGAAUCAUGAAGGUGUUGAGGAAGCAGGAGCUGAAGAAGGCUUUGGAAGCACUCAGACAUUACUUUCCCAAGUCACAAGAGGUGUAUGGAUGUGUUUCUAUUAUUAAUCGAGCAGAAGUUGACCACAGAGAUGUGCUGGUGGACCGGUGGCCAGAUUUCAGUGUGCUACUUGUUAAACCAAACUGGCAGAAACCAGACUUUUUUAAUCAAGUGAGCAUUUUUACUAAGGACGAAUCAUGUCUCAGGAACAUACUAACCAGGACAGACGUUCUAGACUGGAAGCAGUUCAUCAGUCUAAGUGUUGAGCUGCAGCAUGAGGAAAUGUUAAAGGCUGUAGCAUUGAGCAAUGGUGUACCAAUGAACAAAAUGAUUAAUGGAUACCACUUAAUGAGCCUGGAGGAUCCAUCCAUCCUUCCAGCUGACAAGUUAUCUAUUCAAGUCUCAUCAGUCAAGGAGUCUCAUGUUGCUCUGAUCAACAGCACAUGGAAGUUUGGCAAGGGUGAAUUCACUGAGCCCAUGAUCAGGAGCAUGAUCUUGAAUUACCCUUCAUGUUGUGUACUUGACUCAGAGGGUCAGCCGGUGUCAUGGAUAUUGACCUAUUCUAACUGUGCGAUGGGAAUGGGGUACACACUCCCAGAGCACAGACGCAAAGGCUACUCCAAAGCCCUGGUCACCAUAUUGGCAAAGAAACUGCAUUCAGAGGGCUAUCCAGUGUACUGCUUCGUUGAGGAGGAGAACCAGUUGUCCUACAGGCUCUUAAAAAGUUUAGGCUUCACUGAGGAUCUGUCUUAUAGGAAUGCUUGGUUUAACUUCAAUCAAUUGUCUCUGACUCCAUAAGUAAUUUGGGACAAGGAACAUUCCUGUCAAGAUUGCACGAUUGAAGGGGGUGUUCAGCACACAUUCGUUAUCUUAUCCACACGUACCCCAUGACUGGUUGGCUGUCCACUCCUCCUUUAUCAUAUCAUUGUCCUUGCAUUAUGUAAAGCAAAUAAAACCAUGAGAAAACAACUCGGUGUUUAUUAUGUCGUCAGUUGUUAAUGUUGUCUGUAAACUAAACACGUGUAUAUGCAUAUUGUGAAAACUACAUACCAAAAGUCGAAUGAUAUCUCAUUUAAAUAAAUUUCACACUAAACCCAGCCUUUUAGAUUAUACAUAAAAAAUGUUAUUGUUUUUCUAUUGGAUUAGCAAAUUAAAUUUAUAGUAAACAUUAUUUGGUAAAUUCCACAUAAUGAUAGCUCCAAAUUAGUUUGUACCCCUCUCCUGAUUGACACCUUUUGAUGAGAUGCCAUACAUCCUUUACACAUUGAUGACCGAUGUGUGAUAAUUACUUUUGAACAUGAGUUUGAAAGUGUUUGAUUAAUUCGGAGCACAGUCACAAUGCCCCAUUAUAAAAGUGUUUGCAAAUGUUUCCCUAAAAUGUUUCUACAUGUAUUUGUACUUGAAUUUUGUUGGUUGCUAUAUCAUGUUAAUGGUGGAAGAAAUAUCUGACGUGACUUAUCUUGCGUUAUUUUAGUUUACAGUGCAAAAACCUGUCAUUUUAACAUGGGAGUAUAGACUUUUUAUAUCUACUGUUAAUCCUUCAAACAUUCAACCACUCGUUCUUGAGAUAACCCAAAGGAUAAGCAUCACCUAGUGGUGGCGGCCUAUGUGGGCAGAAAUUGGUGGGAAGAAACUGCCUCUUGGAAAUUAUUUUGUACCCCUCUCCUGAUUGACACCUUUUGAUGAGAUCCCAUACACACUUUGUCAGCUCUUGGGUUCAGUAGUAAACAGUACAGUCGAAGAACUAUCAUUUCUCCAACCUUUUGUUGUCAUUCCCUGGUGUAAAUAAACAUGUUCACGUUUUUA